AUAAGAUUUUGAUUGACUAUUUUCAGGAGCACAUGCAAAGGAUUUUUUCCAUCGACUGCCUCUUUGAGUGUAAACAAACCUGCUGUGAAGGCCAUUAAAGCUGUUUAGUCCUUCACUGCUGAAAGCACAGGCAUAUUAUAAAGUUACAGCUCAACAACCUGUCAAUCACUGUGUAUGAAUGCCUUAUUUGAAAACUUUUGGGCCCACAUUGUGUGCAGCUAGGGGUGUGUGGGCGUGUGUGUGUGUUUGGCUGAACAUAUCUAUUCAAAUGUGAGUGGGGUUAUAACUCUGAACCUCACAGCGCAUGAAGGCAGAGUGUGUUGGAGCCAAGGCUGAAGAUGGGAUCCCCUCUCUGGGGUCGAAGCCCUGGGCAGCCCUGGAGGGUAGUUUGGUCUCUGUUGGGACGGGCCGUGCCAAGAUUAGUCUGGGAUCGGACAACAAGGCUUUAUGAAGAAGAUGAAGAGAUGCUGGUUCUGACAUGCAACGAUGAAUUGAAUCGAACCUACACCGAGGGUGAAAGAUCGCCUAUUAAAAGCGUCAAAAGCAGAAAUAAUCCCCAGAGUGAUGACACCAAAGAAAGCCAAUCAUCCACAGGUGAAAAUGGACAGGUUUUCACACAUGAAGAUGACAAAACCUUUAAGGAUAAACACAAAAGUCUAAGAUCCACUGUUAAUCCCAGGCUGGAGAGUCCAAUGUUUGAAGAAACUGGAGCUGAUGUACUCUCCACAUCUGUUGACAUCACUUCCGCAAACUCCUGUCCAAUCAAAAAUACAAAAGGCUUUGGCAAGGAAAAACAAUUGAAUGAGAUGCAAGGUAACAAGAGGGAGAAGAAUUUAAGUUUAAACCAGAAUCCAGAGAAAAUGAGUACUUUCUGCAUGGUACAGAGGUCUUCUAGAGGGAGACUCUCUGGCGAUAGAAAUAAGGAAAAUGAAGAAGAUGAAAUGACGAGCACUCAUAAGCUAUUAAUUUCACUUCAAAAAGAGCAUGUCACCACAAAUCUGGCCUCUCCAGUUCAGAGCCUCAGCACUGAUGCCACAGCUCUGAAUUCCCACUCCACCAUCACGGCCUGGGAGGCGAGCUGGAACGUCACAAAUGCCAUCCAGGGUAUAUUUGUAUUGGGAUUGCCAUUUGCUCUGGUUCAAUCAGGUUAUAUGGGGUUGAUGGUGCUUGUUCUAUCAGCCUGGGUCUGCAACCACACAGGAAGGAGGUUGGUGGCCUGUUUGUACGAAGAGGAACUCAGCUCUGUGUCAAAAGUCAGAGUCCGACACAGCUACCAGGAUAUCAUGGACGCCUGCUGUAAAGGACUGUGGCUAAACUGGUCAGUAGUUGGAGGAUGGAUGAUCAAUAUAGCCCAGGUAAUUGAACUGCUGAUGACCUGCACCCUGUAUCUGCUUGUUUCCACCACUCUGCUGUGUGACAGUCUGUCAGCAGUGGCUCCUCCCAGAUCAGCGUGUUCACUGAUGUCGCUGAUGUUCCUUCUGCCCUGCUUGCUGCUAACUGAUCUCAGACCAGUCUCCAUGCUCAGCCUGCUCUGCUCCCUGGCUCACAUACUGAUAAGCCUGUUAGUCAUAUUGUACUGUCUGAGUUGUGCCAGCAACUGGUCCUGGUCCUUCCUCUCCCUGUCUGUGGACCCAGAAGACUUCAUUGUCUCAGUAGGUGUCAUCAUCUUCUCCUACACCUCGCAGAUCUUCCUCCCUACAUUAGAGGGGAGCAUGGAGAAUAGAAGGGAGUUUGACACCAUGCUGGGGUGGACCCAUGGAGUUGCAUGCAUCAUGAAAACUACUUUUUCAUUACUGGCGGUGUUGACUUGGGGACCAGAGACCAGUGAAGUCAUCACUGACAACCUGCCCCCUAACCUUCGACCUGUUGUCAAUCUGUGUCUUCUUGCAAAAGCUCUUCUGUCCUACCCUCUGCCCUUCUACUCCGCUGCUGAAAUUCUUCAAACAUGUUUGCUUAGAGAUGCUUCCCUCUCAUCUUCUUCCAAACAGAGAAGUCAAGGAGUCUCUUGUCCAACUCUGAUGGUUCGUGGCGCCUUGUUGUUGUCUUCGUACUUGCUGUCCCUGCUAGUGCCCAGGUUUUCCCUGCUAAUGGGGCUGACAGGGAGUGUGACUGGAGCAGCGAUGACACUCAUACUUCCAUGUCUGUUUCAUCUCAAGCUGCGGUGGGGAAGACUCACUGUGCAGGACCGACUGAUAGAUAUGUCUAUUCUGAGUCUGGGGGUUGUAUGUAGUGUUGCUGGUGUGGUUUGUUCAGUGAAAAGAAUGUUGGAAGACCUUUAAGAAGUUUAACUAAAUUAAGUUAGAAAAUAAAUUAAACAGGUAAUUUUGGGUAGUUUUUUUGUGAGUGUUAUGUUACCAAUCUUACUUUGUUUUACCAUAUUUUUUAUUUCUAAAUGGAAAGUGAUCUUUCUUUCUCUAGAGGUCAAAGUUGUUCAAACCCUUGAAAGAAAUUGUGUGCAUUCAGAAAGGACUCUUUAAAAAGACCCUGCUGAAAAAUAGAACAUUUUUAAUGAAAAUUGGUUAACCUCUCAAAUGUAGUUUAUUCUGUAAAUAAGUGAAAAUACUGUAUUUAUAUCACAGAAUACAUUAUACUAACCGAGUAGCUAAAACACACCAAAAUUUAAGCAUGUGUGUAAUGGUGAACCUUGACUAAAAUAUGUGACUGGAGAGUAAAUGAGUAUAAAAUCGUCUUGUAUUUACUACGUAAAUAGCAUUUAAUGUGUACAAAUACAAAAAAUUUAUUCUAUAACACAGUUGGUGCCUAACACCAUUAACCAUUUCUUUAUGUACUGAAUUUUUUGUUAAUUAGAUUGAGUUCUUUUUCAGGGGUCAACAUCUUCACAGAAAUACCCAAAAUAUUCUUCCACUGCUUGAACAAACCAAUUUUAGUUAAAGGUUACUGCAGCUGGUGAGUACACAAUUCAAACCAUUAUUGUGGGAGGUCAAGGGAUUCUUUUAAAUUUUCAAAAACUCUAUUUUGAAAAUAUGUAGAGAAACAUAUUUUUCUCUACAUAUAAUGUACAUAAUUGGAAAUAGAUUGCAGACUGUGGUUAUAUUGCCAUUAAGUCUGUUGAAGAUGUAAACCUUCACAUGUAAAAGACGAAUCAGUAAGAAAAAAUAUAAUCUUUACAACUAUGUUCCUGCCAACUGUGUUCCGUGUGUCCUUGUAGAAGAAAUGUGACAUUUCAUUAAUUAAACUAUUGAAAUUUUAAACUCUCUUUUCUCGUGCCAUCUUAUGUGUUGAAGAUGUUAAAGUUGAUAUUGAAAACGAAGAGAUUGUCACAAAGCUGGCAGUGCACUGAAAAACAUGCUGCUUUGCUUUCACAUGAUGUCAUGUAGUAUGACUAAUACAGCUCAAAUAUGAUUCAUAUGGAAUCAUAUAUCAUGUCCUAAUACUGUACAUUAGGAUAUGAUAUGAUACAUAUCAUAUGCAUUGCCAAGAUCAACUUUGUCGCAAUGAGCCAAAUUGUAUUUGUUUAUAAUUUCAGCCACCAAAAAACAAAUGCAAAGUGUAUAAAUGCCACUACCAGAAAAUAAAAACUAGCCACAACAUUCAUGAUACAGUCAGGAUACAAACAUAGGCCUUUACUGUCUCCAUUUGGGAGGUUUAAUUAUUGAGAAAAAAUAAUAUUUUUAUGACUAAGGGAAUACAUUUAUGAUAUUAAAACGAAGACAUUCUAAGAAGAAUUAUCCCGAAACCUCUGGUGUACCCCUCAAAUCACUAAAUACAAAUAAAAUCUAUAAAAUCAACUUUAAAUUAAGUCUGCAAAACUGUCAGUGUGUGUUUUCUAUGUGAUAUGUUGAAAGUAAUAAAUCUUGACCUGGUGGUCAGAUCUCAUGCAAAUUAAAGUUCAAUGCUGGUGUCAUGGUGGUUCUCAGUUGGUGAAUGACUGAAUGACUACAGAAGGUCACUAUGCCUCUGCUUGAUAAAAAUCCUCCCGUACCACAGCCAGUUUUAUCAAAUACUUCCAAAGAUGAAACAUAAACACAGAAGAUAUUUUUUCAAGUAUGAAAACUUGGGAUUGCAGCUCAUAUUUGUAAUUGGACUCUUUUUUUUUUUUUUUCAAGAGACACUAUUCUGACAAAACCUUGUGUUUCUUCUUUGUUCAGAUGCAAUUUUGCUAACAUUACUGAAGCAUUACUUUGUUAAAUAGAUUUUUAUUUCGUCUCUACUAUUAAUGCCACAGUCCUUCACAUUUUUUUUUCUUAUUGAAGAAUGUAAAGACUGUCAAACUUUUUUAGCAGCUUUUCAAAGUAAGACCUUCAGGUGACCUUUCAGGGUUAUUCACUUUUUCAAAGAUUAGCAGUAGUUUAAAAUGUUUGGGUUU